CAGCUAACCGCAUUACAUCGCAGCUGAAGAAGUCGCCGUCGUUCCAGUGGCCACGCACCUCCGUACUCACGGAUCCCGUCGAUUGGUUGAGUGGUAUUUCCUGACGCUGAGCAUUUAUUUCCGGUCGAUUCAUUCCUUCGAUAUGUCUUCAAGAAAGAGAGAAGGCGUUGCAAACAUAGAACCUAGUGGUACUGCUGCAGAAGAGGAUCAAGAAAAGGUAUAUUCUGUGGAAAAAGUGUUAGAUAAACGUUCCAGAAAUAAUAUGGUAGAAUAUUUCAUUAAGUGGAGCGGGUACGAUGACAAGAAUAAUACUUGGGAACCCAGGGAAAAUCUUUAUUGUAAAUAUUUAAUAAAGGAGUUCGAAGAAAAAUUAAGACAAGGGGGAAAGAAAAGAAAAAGAAAUGGAAAAAUUGGGCAUGGUGGCCGUGGCCGUUUACGUACACUUUCAAGAUCAACAGUUGCAACUAGUUGUUCAUCAGAAACUCGUCGUCAAGAGACCAGGAUUGAAACGGACGAAGAAAUUGAAAAUAUUGACACGGUCAAUGAUUUUUCUGCCACACUACCAAUACCUAAAAUUCCGGAAAAAAUUAUGGGUAAAACUGUUGAAAAUGGCCAGUUGGUAUUUUUGAUGAAAUGGAGAGGAAUAGAAGAAUUCAAUUUAAUCCCAGCUAAAGAGGCUAAUUUAAAGUACCCUCAAAUCGUUAUCAAGUAUUACGAAGAAAAAUUUCAUAAAAUAUAA